AUGUCAGCUCUCUUUUGUCCUCAUUACCAGUGUGAGCUCUCCUUCAUUGCCCUGGCUAGUUCACCCCUUGCAGCCAUGAGUAAGGGGCAGGGCCACUUCUCCUGCUUUCAAGUCCACAGAGUCUGUUCUCCCACACCUACACCUUCAGAAUACAGACAUAUGAGUGAUAAGCUUUAUGAAAAGUGUGUUAUGGCCUUGAAGAGAAACUUCCCUGUGAUUUGGUGUAACUACUGCCAAGAAGCAACUACCAUUGUUUCUGUGAAUCCAAACUUCCAAUACAGACGUGCUCAAAAUAUUUCUGAUGAAUUCAUUUAUUUCCGUCCUAUUAAUGCGGAAAUUCAGGAAAGGGCCAGAAAACAAAAACAACAGAAUCCAACUUUGGCUGCCCAGCAACCCACCCGUGAAGGUAUCCAUCAGAGGGACUUGGGGCUUACAAAUGAGGUGGUGACCGUUACCACCCCCCCACAAACUAAGGAGUUAGAAAGCAUUGCUCUUGUAAAACCAAAAACUUCAGGGCUUCUUCGCAUAGAGAAAGUACCAAUUAAGUCUCCAGGGUUCCCAGAAUUUGAACGCUUAGAUGUUACAGGAAUUGACAGUCCAGAGGAAAGGGGGAAAGGCACCGCAAUACUUGUUGCCGGUGUGCCUGGAAAGGAGGAUCUAGAUGAUACAGAAAUUCCAACUUUGCAAUUCACUGGGUUUGUACACCUGGAGUCUUUAAUAAAUGAAUCUUCACCAUCCUCAGAAUACAGUCGCCCAGGAACCCCAAGAAAUUUAUGGAUGGAAUCUCCAGAAAAUGCAGAGUCCCCAGGAAGUGAUGAUAUGGAAGUAGCAAGAAGCAUGUAUCCUUUGAGAGAAAGAUCCAUCUUUCGGCGUUCCUGGGCAGAGCUCUUAGAAGCACCACUAAACAGUGAGGGGCUCCAUAUUCUCCAAACUAGUCCCAAGGAAGAAAACAGAGACAUGGGUUACAAAAAACUAACAUCAGAAGAAGAGUAUCAAGUAACCAUCCACCCUGAAGACCAACAUUUCCAAGCUCUGCAAGGCCCUUUCCCCUUGUUGCCCGAGCGCCCUAGGCUCCAGCGGCAGCGCAGUCGAAGCUUACCAAGAUACAGUGAAGUCAGAGGCCAAUAUUUAAAUGCACCGGAAUUCAAAUUAAAUGCAGAAGAAACUCAUUUCUUCCCACAUGACCGUGAUUUACUAACAGAGGAAAACAUCAAGAGAAGAUACAACACGGAGGGAGCUGAACAAAGAGCAAUUCCAUCACAUUUGGGACAACAGCUUUCCAUGAGGCCAAGAUUUGAGAAUUCUGCAAUUCGAAGAAACAUUGGAAUUCCUGAGGAUAAUUUUGCAUGUCCCAGAGGCAAUGUUAGAAUUCCCAAGAAUAAUGUCAAUACUAUCCCCAUGGUUAAUGUUGGAGUGCCAAUGGAUAAUCCUCAAGUUCUUAGAGGCAAUGCUGGAGUUCCCAGGGGCAGUGAGUUUGGAGUUUACAUGGGUAAUAGUGGUAGAACUUCCGGACGUACAGUAUCUUCUCCACUCAUUGAGCUCUCAAAGAUAGGUGAACACCAGUUAUAAAAACUGAUACUUUACAAUGCUGUCCAUUCAAGAAACAAACUAAGACACUUAACAUCAAAACAGACAUGUACAAACUUGACAACUCAAAAUACUAAAUGGGACAUCUAAACUAUGAAUACACAUAAUUAAUAAAUGUAUGAUAAUUAUUUAUUAGAUUGGA